AAACAUACCGAGGCUGAGAUCGGUCAGGGGUUAGGGGGCUCCCAGCGAGUGCCAAAGCGCCUAUGACGGAGUUGAGUAUUCCUGGCCACGGGUCACGUGUCAAGAUUUAUUUAUUGGCGAACACUGAUAAACAGGAACGUGUCUUCCAGAGAUACAGUACUGCAUCAAGUCGGCAGCGUGCACAUCAUGACCACUUCAUGAUACUCAUUCGGGCCUAUGCCUCGUGAAUGCAUAGGCUACGAUCUCAUCACACGGCGCAGCCAAAGAUGUGGGCUUUCCGCCAACAACUUCUCGCCCUAUCCUUCCUCUGGCUCGUCGUAACGACGUCCUCGAAAAGCACUACCGCUACGACGUCCUCUACUUGUCCUUCUCGCACUGUGAACUAUAUCACUCACAGCCUCGCUCAGCAGUGCCUGGCCUCCUCUCGCGUUGUCAACGUCACUUCUAGCAGUGUUGGACCUGCCCUUGCCUCGACCCAGAACUCUACAACGAUCAUCCCUGUGGUCAUCGAGACUCACGACAGCACCUUACCGCCCUCUGGCUACUUCGCGGAACCUGCUGUUCCGACGACCGAUCCUACAUCAACUAAGCAAGAUGUACAAAGCGUUGAGUCGGAGCGGACGGUUACGGAGUCCUCCUCAAUUGAAGCGUCACAACCAUCCACAAGCCAUGCACCACAAGCUGCCGCUGAUGAGUCUCCGCUGGAGGAGGGGCACUUCUUGUCAUUCGAAGAUUGGAAGCGAGAAAACCUGAAAAAGGCGGGCCAAUCUGAGCAUCUGGGGAGUGGACACGCAGGCGAGCCCAAAGAAGUCAAAAAACGGCCCUCACUUGACCAUGACUCCCUUGACUCACUCGGAGACGACGCGGAGAUAGAUCUCGACUUCUCUGGCUUCGUCUCCGAUAACAUUGAGCCUCCACCUGAAAGGCAGCAGAGCAGUGCUCCUACAGUUCGAGAGAACCAGAUUGAAGUCGAGUUGGGCCGUGCUCCGAGGGCAGGUGUCCGCCGCAAGGAUGCUGGCACGACAUGCAAAGAAAGAUUCAACUAUGCUUCCUAUGAUUGCGCGGCGACUAUCCUCAAGACAAACCCUGAAGCAAAGGGCGCAUCUGCGGUUCUGGGAAAGAACAAGGACUCUUACAUGCUCAAUGAAUGUUCGGCGCAGAACAAGUUUCUGAUCCUCGAGCUGUGUGACGACAUCUCCAUUGAUACAAUCGUGCUUGCGAACUUCGAGUUCUUCAGUUCCACUUUCCGCACGUUUCGCGUCAGCGUGUCUGACAAGUAUCCUGUCAAGGUCGAUAAGUGGAAGACAUUGGGGACUUUCGAAGCUCACAACACGCGGAAUGUACAGGCCUUCUUGGUUGAAAACCCGGUAAUAUGGGCACGAUAUCUGCGCAUCGAAUUCCUGAGCCACUACGGAAAUGAAUAUUAUUGUCCACUCAGUCUUGUCAGAGUACAUGGCACGACCAUGCUGGAAGAGUACAAACAUGACCUUGAGUCUCUACAGUCCGACGACGACGAUGUCGAAAGUCAAGAGAGCGAUGGGACUGCCGAAGUCGAUGCACUGGUGCCUGAAGCAGUGGACGAAGCGAUAUUGACGAAGGUUGAGCCUGUUAAAUCCGACGUUUCGGUCGAGACACCCCACCUUUCAGAAGAAGCCAGCUCCAACGCGUCAGGGACAGGGUCUGCUUUUGUGAAUGCUACACAGAUUGUGUCCGUCGACGCCGCCGCGACUACGAUGCCAACAUCCCCUGCUAAUUCGUCUGCCACGUUCGACAGUACGACUAUGCACGAGGAGAUGUUCCAGACGUGUGAGAGUAUCGAUUCACCCACGAGUGCCAGGGGAGCUAGUAGUGAUCAGCAAAACUCGAGUGAGCAGGUAACAGCGAAAGAAGAAGGCACGCUAAAGCCUACUGUUUCCACCGCAACCCUGACCACGAACAAGACUUCGGUGUCCGACGCGCGAUUGGAUAAAUCUGCCUCGAGAUCCACAAGCUAUCAUUCUUCAGUACCGAGCUCAGCUGCAGCAAAUACUUCUAUAGUGGUCAAGUCUUCGUCGUCCUCAACCGUCAAUGGCACCAAAGUGCCGGCGUCUUCAACACAAGCCCCUGCUGCUGCUCCGACUAUGCAAGAAUCUUUCUUCAAGUCUGUGCAGAAGCGUCUUCAAACGCUUGAGUCCAAUUCUUCACUCUCUUUACAGUAUAUCGAGGAACAAUCCCGAGCUCUUCGAGACGCAUUCCUGAAAGUUGAGCAGAGGCAGAUGGCCAAGACCACUUCAUUCUUGGACUACCUCAACACGACCGUUUUGAACGAGCUUCGUGAUUUUCGGCAACAGUACGAUCAACUCUGGCAGUCCACCGUGAUUGAGCUCGAGAUGCAACGCGAACGAUAUCAGCAGGAAAGCAUGGCUAUCAAUGCUCGACUCGGCAUCCUGGCCGAUGAGGUCAUCUUUCAAAAGCGGAUGUCUCUACUCCAAAUGCUUCUGAUUCUGAUAUGCUUGGGCUUGGUCCUCUUCUCAAGAGGCUCCCUGAAUAGUUACCUGGAAAUGCCGCUGGUACAGAGCGUAUUAGCCAGGUCGCCAAGCUCCAGGUGGCUGAGUAUAUCAGGUCUGGACACACCUUCGCAAAGUCCUUCAACCAGCAGAGCCAAUUCCACCAGGGAAGCACGCCGACGGCAGAGCAUUUUGAAGAGCCGCCGUCACUUGCCCUCGGAAGAUACUGGGAAUGAAGGAGUCAGCCCUACAGAUCUUUACCGUCCGCCCACCCCAGUUAGCAUAGGGGAAGCUUCGGACGAUGGGAGAGACAGCACCGUCUAUGAGGAUCCUCAAUUCGACCCAAGUCUGAUUGAGAGGCCUAGCACAAGCCCACCAAUUUUAUUGGGAGCAGAAUCCCCUCCCGAAACUCCACGACCUGUGGCUGAAUUUGAAGAUGGCUCAAUUGACGCUAGGAUGCUGGGGUCAGCUCCACGUUCUCUGGGGAGAAAGCCUCCCAUGCUAAUAGUGGAGGAAGCCACACCUCCCUCCAAGCACCUGACAUGGAACCUGCCCAACGAUUGAAUGAUGCGAUGCUCUGCUUCACAAUCCCGUUUGCAAAUCGCGACAGUAUGGCGGAACACGAUGCUCGUCCAGCCUUGCAUCUUCAGAUGUCAAACUCAACGACGAAGUACCUUGCUCCUGAUAUGCAGAUCAUUGAGACUGGCCAUGUCAAAAGGCCUGGCACAUACGCUUCAUGUACUUGCUAAGCGCCACUAGCCGGUGCCUGAACCCCAGGUACGAAGACUAUCAGGAUCGCGAAGAUUCUAUCGCAAAGUCAGCAUUGGAGGUGCUGGCGCUGGUGGGGAGAAAGAUCAUGACAUACUGAAG